CCAGUUAUGACUGUUGGGAUCGUUUGUUCUGGUUGCAGAUUUUACUGUUAUUCUCAGAAUCUACUGGAGCAUUUAGUCGUUGCUGUAGUAACCAUGUUGCUGUGUGUUGAAGGACAGAUCCUCCUCAGCUCGAUGCCUUCAUCAUGGACAAAGCUCUGCUGGACUAUGAAGUUUCCAUCGACGCCGACUGUAAACUGGCGACUGUUGGGAAACCGUUCGCCAUUGAAGGUUAUGGUAUCGGUCUCCCUCAGAACUCUCCUCUGACCUCCAACAUCUCAGAGUUCAUCAGCAGAUAUAAGUCAGACGGAUACAUGGACCUGCUGCACGACAAGUGGUACAAAGUGGUUCCCUGUGGGAACCGAGUGUUUGCCGUCACCGAGACUCUUCAGAUGGGGAUCAGUCACUUCUCGGGGCUCUUCGUCUUGUUGUGCGUUGGAGUGACGGGAGCUCUGCUGACUCUGGCAGGUGAACAUGGUUUCUACCGACUCGUCCUGCCUCACAUCCGUCGUCGACAGAACCUGAAGUACUGGCUGCACACCUCACAGAAGAUCCAUCGAGCUCUGAACAUGACGUACGAAGACGUGAAGAAGCAGCGAACUGAGAAAGACAAAAGCUGUAACCUGCAGAAGUCUCCUCCAGCCCCUCCGGUUCCUGGAGCUUCGGCCAAGUGGAACAACGAGAUGACUAAAGACGCUGCUGUUGCUGCCGCCGUCGACGCCCGGGACUUCAAACGAGUCCACUUCAACCUGGAGACUCUCAACACGCGUCGUCUGCUCGCUCGCAUCGCUUCCUCCGAUGCCAAAGCGGGCGGAGCUGAGGGAGAAGGGCCAACCAAGCCGAGGGCGGGGCCAGCCAAGCCGAGGGCGGGGCUAAACAGCAAGUUGUGUGAGAAUGGAGGGCCAGCGGCUUCAUUGGCCACCCUGAUACGCUCCCUUCCCUCCUCAUCGUCCUCCGCCCAACCCAAUCCCUCCACUGCGCCUCCUGCAGCGGUACCUUCCGCUCCUGCACCUGUAGCCCCUCCCCCCGUGUCAUCAUCGGCUGCAGUUGCCCCGCCCCCCGCCCCUGUAGUCCCGCCCCGCCCCGGUGAGCUGCAGGAGCUUCAGGAACAAAUCGAUGAGAUGAGGGAGAAGCUGAGGACGGCUCUGGCCAGGAGGGCCGAGAUCCAGACCACCCUGGCCAAACCUGUUGCCACGGUGACGAACAGUCCAUCUCCAGUCACCACAGCGACCACAGUGACAACAACAACCACAACAACAACAACCACCACCACCACAGGAGCCCCGCCCACCUCCUCACCCCCCAUCGUCCCGGUAACUCCCCUCCCCGCCAACACAAAGUGUGUGAUGACCAUGACAGACCCGCCCCACAAAGUCCUGUCCAAAGUCCGGCCCCUCCAGAGCAGACUGGCCAAUCAGAGGAGGUGAUGCCCUCUGCUGAGGUCACAUGACUAUUACCCACGGUGGCCAUUUUAACCAAACAAGAGGAAAUGAAUUUGUUUUGUUUUUAAAUAGCACCGCCAUCACAGCUGCAAAGAACUUGUUUGGACAGAAAACGGAACCGGCCAAUCAGACAGUGUGUUUCACCAAAUUAAAAUCCUUUAAUCCAAGCUGAUGAUCCAUAAUCAAUAAUCAUCUUCAUCACUGUCAGCAUAGGCCAAGAAUCAUAGUUUACCUAAAAUUAAAAAAUGUGCACUUUAAGGAAGUUAUUUAGAUGAUUUUAAAGCACAAAUUAAUGUUUUGUACUCGUUUGUCCAAAAAAAACCCCUUUCGGAAGCCUUUUAGUAGAUCCCAUGACUUCAACUAUCUACCACAGAUUAGCUUUAAACUAAUGGUGUUUUUAAGGGGUGGUGAAUCAAAUUCAUCAAAAAAUGAAAGAUUUACUCUUGAACUGUUGAGAGAAUCAAGGAUGUCCUUGAUUCAUGACAUCCCCAACCUACGGCGUUUCCUGGUUACGUCACCAUCUCCCAUCAAUUUAUUAGGAAAGCCUUGUUCCAUCAGUCAAACAUACGGCGUUUGUGACAAAAACAAGACACUGUAAACAAAAACAAGACACAAAAUGACAAAAGCGAGACAUAAAUUUACAUAAACAAGACAUAAAAUGACAAAAACUAGACACAAAACAACAAAACUAGACAUAAAAUAAAAAAACAAGACAUAAAAUGACAAAAACAAGACAUAGAAUGACAAAAACAAGACACAAAUUUACAUAAACAGGAUGUAAAAUGACGAAAACGACACAAAACAACAAAAACGAGACAAACGACACAUCAAAUGACAACAAUGAGACACAAAACUACAAAAACGAGACAUAAAACGACAAAACAAAACAGAAAAUUACAUAAACAAGACAUAAAAUGACAAAAACUAGACACAAAACAACAAAAAUUACUAUUUUUUUGAAAAAAAAAUGAAUUAUGUCUAAAAUUACUGAUAUUCAAAGCAUCAUUUAAAUUGUUCAAAAACUCAAAAAUCGUUCAAAGCUCCUGAAAAACGUCUUCAAAAUGACACAAUAAUCAUCCAAAUGUGUUGGUCGACAAAAAUUAGUCAAACUUUGUCCAAAUGGACUCAACAUUUAUUCAAAAUCAGAUGAAAAUCCACCUAAAUGACAGAAAAAUCAUCCAAAAUGAGUUUUUAUUUUGCUAGAACUGGUUCUGACCAACCACCUGCCAACCUGCUGGAGGCUUUGUCUACGUUCACUGGUUGGACGCCACAUUAGAUUUUGCUGCAUUCACUUUCUUUCAUUUGUUGCUUUUUGGAAACUUUUUGUCCUUCAUUACAGCAAAAAGUCAAUAUGUCAUUAUUAAUAUUUAUACUGUACAGUGUUUUAUGUCCUAGAUUCUGAUUUUACCACUGUGUGAUUGUAGCUGAGUGACAUAGGUGAAAAUCGGGUUGCAUCACACAGUGGGAAUGGAAUUCUGACGUAAAUCAAGAUCCCCCUGUAGUUUAAAAUUAUUUUUCUUAUUUAUUCAGUAUCCUACAGAAAACACAUUUUACUUACAUAAGGCAUAUGUGGGUCAUUCCAGAACUGGAGGACAUUUGGACUACAAGAUUUUUGAAAAAUCAACCUUCUCUUUUCCAGUUUUCUGCUCCGUAUUGAUCAAUAACAGGUAUUGAUUGGCUCAGCUUCCACAUCAAUGGUAUCAUUUUUAUUCCAUGUUUCUGUGUUGUUGCUAACCCUACUCUGAUCCAUGCUAAUGUGAUCUUUUUCUCAGCAGUAGAAGCUAGAUAUUUAGCUAGCUGUUACUGCUGACCACUGAUGGAAAACAGUCCAAAGAAUGAGUCUGAUCCUGAUAAUGAGGUAGAGAGAGACAUUCAAUCAAGGCUGACAAUGGAUGAAAAGAUGGAAAAUAGAAGAGAGGACAUAGCUUUGAUCUACACAUUCUGUAGGAACACUGAUGGAGGAUGGAAACGACAUAAACAAGACAGAAAAUGACAAAAACGUCAUCAACAGGUUAUGUUAACAUGACACUCAUUGCAUAAGUAAUAUAAGUUGUGUUGUUAUAUGCUGUGUUGAUUAAAAGUAUGUUCCCACAAUUGCAAGAGUCAUCAAUGAAAAAACAAAACCAAAAAGGAGAUUUAAAUUCAAACUUUUUUUUAUUAGAGAUCCAGUUUUGUCAUCAUGGGGGUGGACAAGAGAAAAAUGUCAUUUUAGUGGUAACUCCAGACUUAUUUGGUAUUAUUUUUGGUAUUAGCUUUUUAAAAUUUAUUCUCAGGACAAGAACUUUUACAAAACAACUGCAUGUUUUAGUAUUUUAGAUUCUUUGAAAGUUGAUGGGUGGGACGUGAAAUGUCCUCCAAUUCUGGAAUGAUCCAUGUACAUAUUUGUUUUUUGAACAUAUUUUUAUGCAUUUGGUAGCUAAACUGAAACGUUUAGCUUAAAUUUGUUUCCACUGUAAGUCGCUGUUUGAACGUUGAAAGAUAUUAAUGCUGUUUCCUCCUGAGGCUGGUUAAAAUGGCCACAGUGACCAGAACUGAGGAGCAUUUGUGGCUUUGGGAACCUUUUUAAAAUCUGACUGCAGAAAUCGGACAUCCUGCGAGGCAUCAGCUGAAAAAAACUACUGGAAGAAAACACACGAGCAAAUACGAGGUGAUUCAGACAAACAGAGUUGUGCUCCAGAUCUGAUUCACAUCCAGCAGAAGUGUUGGUGUUGAUGCAAUAAAACAGUUUGUUCUUCAUGUAGAGAAGUAAAACCUCUUUAUGUCACAUGGGCACCACCACUGGGGAUAGAUACUGUAUGUUGAAGGUUUUUUAAUGUAUUCACUUCACAGUUUAUAAAAACCCCUAAAAGUGACCACAGAGCCUGAAGCCAUCACUGAAUUUUACCCUUAAUGUCCUAGAUUCCUGGUGUGAGGACGCCGGCAUCCACAGUUUGUUUGAAAUAAAUCAUUGUCACAUGAAUCUGAACCAAAGUCGGUGUUUUACAAACACAACUCUCAGAAUUAUCAGCAGCUUCUGCGCAACAGAUUGGUGAAAAGUUCAGAAUUGUUUUCCUUGUGGAGAUUUUAAAUCACUUUAAAUGUCCUUUAAUGUCCAUAUGAUGCUCAGCUCUAAUGAAAACAGAAGGGAAAUUGGAACAUAUUAUUAUUAAAUACCAAAGAACAGCAGCUCUUAACUUCUUGUUUCACAUAUUUAUGGUGAUCAGUCAAUCACUUGCGUCCGAUGGAAUCGGUGACAUGAAUAAAGUUCUCCAUCCAGUUCCCUCUGUCCAGCAUUGCUGUCAAAAGGUCUUUGCCUUCCAGACCAGUGUCCUCCGAUAGUAUCCGGUUUUCAUACCAACGACCAGCUGCUUCGUUGUGUCUCCACAUGUCCAUCCAGGGCUGGUCUUUGUUGCCUAAUGAUGGUUGACCAGCGUGCAUGUGGACCAUACAGCGACUUGUUGGUGAGGUGUGAUUUCCAGAUGUUUUCUACCAUCCUUAACAUUCUGGUAUAGGUCCCAUCAAUCAUUUUUGAGAGUGUUUUUGUUAGUGGCCAGGAGUCAGAUCCAUAAAACAAGAUAGAUUCCACUGACGCCUUGAAUACUCUCAUUUUGGUUGUUUUAAUUGGUGAUACUCAUAUUUUUGACAGAGAAUUCAGUGUCCCUAAGCUUUACCUACUUUUGUGUCAAUAUCAUGUGCUGUGUUGGCGCCAAAGGUCUGGGUCCUCUUUUUGCAGCUAACCCUUGUAUCUGAGGUCCGUUCUUCUAUCCGCCACCUGAGGAUCCAUGGAUGGGAGUUGUCAUCUCCACACCACUGUGGUUUUUAUGGUGAUAAGCUGCUAAUCAUUCUGAGAGGUACGUUAAUGUGAUACAGAUGUUAGUUUGGGUUCAUGAAAACCCUGUAAAUAAACUGGAUGGCGGCGUUCACCCAGCAGGUGUCGCUGCUGUACAGAGGGGUCCGUCUAAAAAGGCCUUAAUCUUAAAACAAAGGAAUGAACUUUCACACUGUUUGGUAAAUUUUAAUGUUGGAGCUGGCAGUAUUUUCUCUUUUUUUCCUUCUGCAUCAUUGGGUGAAACGUCCAUAACUUUUUAUCAUGUUGUAUUUCAAGGGUCUAAAUGGAAACGAGACUCCUGCUCUUCUUCCUGUAACCUGUGAUGAGAGAGCUCAGCCAAUCACAGGCUUCCCUCUCAGAUCAGGUGGGCAAAUUACAUCAUGGUGCGAUGGGAUGAACACAGGACUUUGACUCAGGACAGCAGCACUGGGAUCCUGUGUGGAACGUUACUGACUUUGAGCUUGAGUCAUUUUAACACAUUUAAAGCGCCUUCCUGGUCAGAGUAGACUGAGGGAGGAGGCCGUGUUUUCAAAUUCUGGUGUUUUCUUCCAGAUUACUGGAAGGUUUAAGCAAAGCCUUUAAUUAUGUCAAAUGAUCAAUUCCACCUCUUAUUAAUAUAUUCCUGUGGAUAAGUAGGUCCAUCACCAAAACUGAAUAUUAGAUUUCUUGGCUUGAGUUUUUCUGCUUAAAAAGCCUUAGACUGUGCACAAAAUCAUUAUUAUUAUUACGACUUUUUGAUUUGUCCCCUUCAAAUACCAUGAUAGGAAUAAAUUCUACUUAAUUUCCACGUAGUUUAGGCAUUUCAAAGGAAUUUCAACGGAACAGAAAAGAGAAUGGCACCUGUACUCCAAAACCACAACUAUGACCUCAUUUUGAAGUAUAUUUGCAGCAUUAAGCUGUUUCUAUUGUGAUUUUUUUAGUAGCCCUGUACUAAGAGAACAUACAAUAUAAAUACACGAAUUAAUAGAUUAAUAUUAUUACAAUAUUUAAUGGAUUAGCUGCACAGUUGAAAGGCUUUUCAAGUGGCAAAAAAAAAAAACUAAAAUUCUCCAAAUAACACGACAGCAUCCCUUAAAUAAAACAAAACAGUGCUUCAAAGUGUAGGGAUGUUAAUCCUGCUGUUUGGAACAUUUUAAGGGGCGACAUCUUUGUAAAGAAAGAUUUUCCUAUAAACCCCCCUUUAUUACAGUCCACUGUUUCGCCGGCUAAACAGAUUAUCUGGAGUCUCCAAACCUCCCCAAACUACAGAAUUUGCUUUCAGGAGGGUUUGGUGUUUAUUUUUCCAGAAUUCUAUUAAAACUAUUGUAACAGAUUACAAUGAAGAUGUAUCGAGUAUUAUUUAUCCCUUUUAAAAUGUUUUUUACCCUUGAAGAACCUCACAAUGCAACAAAGCAGUUUAAAGCACUUUGUAGAUGAAGGUGUUUUAUUUUUUUAAAUACUUUAAAUCUGUGAUCUUAUGAUGUAUUUUACAAGAUUAUCUGCACAGAGCUAAUGAGUGGACGAUUAAACCAUUAUGAUGAAAUAUC